UUCCACAGUGUGUUGUUGUGUUAAUUGUAAAUAUUUAGGUGAUGUGUUUUAGAAACAAAGAAGUCUUAUUUGUAAUAAGAUCCUGAGGAAUUCCAAUAAAAAAUGGCGACCAUGAUGAAGGAGAAGCCUCGUGCGAAGAAGAAAAGCAAAGAGAAACGCGUUACAAGUACUGAGAUACCUGAAGCUGUGCCUUCUACAAGCAAUGUGCCAUUAGUUGAAGAGAAAAUUCCUUCUGCUGAAGCCAAUAUUGAACAAGUCGAUAUGCCUUCUGAUCAAGCUGUUAUUGAGGAAGAUAUAGUCGAAGAUACAGAUUUACCCUGUAUAUCUACUCAUGAACAGUCUGUAUUAAGUUUAAAAGAAUCAGCUCAAAAAGAAAUUUUAAAAGAAACAGAUCAAAGCUCAGUUCCAAUUGCAGAAACACCUAAAAUACAGGGUCAAGCAAGUAUAGAAAAUCAAAUAUCACAAAGUCAGUCUUUAGAUCCAACACAAAGUGCCUAUAAAGAUGUGUGCCAUAGUCUAGAUAUAAUCACUCUUAAAGAUGUUCCAGUGUCUGAUUUAAAUAUAGAAGAACUGGAAAAUAAAUUAAAAGAAUCAGCUUAUGUAAGUCAAGGCACUGACCAUAUCCAAUCAGUUGAAGAAACCACUGAAAAUAUAUCAACUGGUGUGAUAGGAAAUGUAGCGCCAUCAGCUCCUAUAUUUGAAGAAUCAAUGAUUCCCGAAACACCCGAGGAACUUCAAACGGUUCAUGAAGUAAGGCUGGAAAAAUUACAAUGUAUGCCCUUAGAAGUGGCAAUGCACAUAUUUGGUGGGAAAGAGAUGGCAGAGGUGAGGGAGAUGAGUGAGAGAGAGGAAGCUUUGGCAGAAGGAGGGAAGGCAUUGAGGCCGGAACACCCUUUGGUGGACUUGUUGUCAACAUACAGAUGUUCAGCCAUAAAAUUAGAACAAGAAAUGGAAAAGGUUGCCAAAGGAUACCAGGAUGAGGAGAAAAGCAGAGCAGCUCUAUGGAAAGUGGAGAAGAAGACAGUGUCCGUUACACAGAAGUGUGGCCAGUGUGAGCGCAGCAUCUCUUAUACAGGGACCUACGAGCACGCUACGCUGCUAAAGGAGAAGCUUCCUGCCGCUCAGCUUCGCUUGGAGGGCCUGCUGAAAGACGUGAACGAGUCGUAUUGCACGUACCAACACCAAGCAUUGCUGGCUUACUAUCAGAUAGAAGAAUUCAUAUCCGAAACCGUCCAAGGCAACGUUGGAGACAUCAGAGAAGCCCUAACCCUAGUACUUCAAGAGUUGCGCGCGAGCAGCUCCAUUACCUGUCUCAAGAUGGAGUACUUCACGGACUCCUUGAAGCGCUGGGCGCGAGGGCUGUGUGGCGCUUUGCUGGCUAAGAGUGAUGUGAGACAGCUACUGUUCCUGCUUCACCAGCUAUUCAGGCAAACUCAUUCAGUGCGAUGGGCGGCCCCUCUGAUUAGACUCCCCAUGUGUGAUACCAGCGACGCGGCGCGGGCCCUGGCCAUAUUGGAUUUGAUGCUGUCUGCACCGGUCUUGGAGACAGCUAAGGAGUGUACUGAAGAGAACGAGGAGAUGUGGGAGGAGGUGGACCGGCACGGAGGCGCCGGGGCCGUCAGCGAAGGCGCCUUGAGAGAGCAGGACCUGCUGGCGUUGCUGAAGGCGUUCCCGCUGCGGGCGCUCGCGGCGCGGCUCGCGCUGCUACAGCGGACUGACAUAACCCAAACCCGUCCAUACGAAUGGGACCACGUAGCGCGGGACGUGCUCCGCGCGUGCUGCGGCGUGCGCGCGCUGCUCGCCGUGCUCGCGCGCGCCGUGCGCACGCGCGCCCCGUACCCGCGCCUGCGCGCCGAGUUGCGCGCGCUGGGACACCACGCUAUGUGGGCUGUAGCAGACCUGCAUAAACAUAACCGAGACUCGUACCCCAAAGAACUGUCAAACCAAAUCGAAGCCGAACUGGAAGCCAUAUUCACCGCGGGCUGGCUGCUCGAGACCACGGAGCCCUCGGGCUGCGAGGCCCCGCCCGCGACCUUACUGCGGCCUACGGUCCGCCAGGCCUACUGUGUGGCCCUGAUGACCCACGUACACGAAAAGCAACCACUGGUGAUAGACUGUCUCUCGCUAUCGCUGUCUCUUUCGUGCGGGCAGUGCGUACACGUCGCUUCUCAAGUCGCGAGUUGCGAGGAGAGUGCAGAGAUACCGGCCAUGGUCGUCGAUUUCCUUGUACAGGUGGCACUGAAACCAAAGAGGCGCUGCAACGGCGCGUGUAUAGACGCGGCCCGAGAGUGCCUCCCCAAACUGCUGUCCCGACACGAGUACUUAUAUACCAGGGCGGUGCAUAGCAUAGCCUACGUUCAUCAGUUGGAACCACUGCAACCAACGGCGGCCAUUUUGAAACCGUUUUGCCUUCAACAAUGGCGGCCGUCGACGGGCGAGAUAAGCGCCGUGCUCGACGACUGGUCGCAACGCAGCCCGCAACUGUUGCCGUGUCUGUUACAAGAACUCAGUUAUACACCCUACGAUGGGCUGUCACUGGAGUCGCAGCUGACGAUUGGCUCGUGGUUGUGCGGUUUGCCGUCGCCCGCGCCGGACUGGGCCUGGAACGUACUGGUGCGACUGCGCGUACACAGGUCUUGCUGGCGCCUCCCGCUGGACGCCCCUCCACCUGAGCACACGCAAAACGUAUUCGCGGAGGCCUACGCGGUGCUGUCCAGUUCUUGGGGACAUUCAUUACCACUGAUCUGCGAGUACGGUGCUCCCGCGCUGGUCCGCGUGGCGGGCGCGCGCGCGCCGGUGGCCGCGCACGCGCUGCCGCUCGUCAUGGCCGCCAUGAUGCACUCGCCAGCGUCCGUCUCGCUCACACCACAGUUUUCAUCGCUGACUAGCACGUUACUAGCGCCGCCGCAGUCGCUAGUGCAGUGGGCGCGCGGCGAAAAGGCCGCCACGCCCGACAUCCUGCUGAGAAGGAUGCUGGCUCAUGUAGAAAAUCAGCCUUCCCCAGCGGCCCGAGAAGCGGCAGUGUCGACGUGGCUACAAGCGCUAUGCCACACGGGGCUGUCGGGCGCUCCGCUGGCGGCCGCUGAUGCUCUGCUACUGACUACGCCCAACUAUAACAUACAGGAGGCGCUAAACCCCGAAGUGAUCUCCCAUUUGGUCUACAAUGCUGCCCACGCGCCGCUGACCUGCGCAAGCGCGUUGCUCGCGGCGCACGCGCACCAUGAACUGCCCAUUCUGUUCCCGAGACUGCUGCAACUACUGGCGGAACAACGCGCACAUGGACAGAAGAUACACGUCGACAAUGCUCUGAAGGGUGCCGCUUUGGAUGAGACAUACAGGGUAAUCUCCCAUUUGGUCUACAAUGCUGCCCACGCGCCGCUGACCUGCGCAAGCGCGUUACUCGCGUCGCACGCGCACCAUGAACUGCCCAUUCUGUUCUCGAGACUGCUGCAGCUACUCACAGAGCAACGCGCACAUGGACAGAAGAUACACGUCGACAAUGCUCUGAAGGUGGGUAUACAGGGUGCCGCUUUGGAUGUGACAUACAGGGUAGCAGUAAGCGAAGUAAUCUCCCAUUUGGUCUACAAUGCUGCCCACGCGCCGCUGACGUGCGCAAGCGCGUUACUCGCGUCGCACGCGCACCAUGAACUGCCCAUUCUGUUCCCGAGACUGCUGCAGCUACUGGCGGAGCAACGCGCACAUGGACAGAAGAUACAUGUCGACAAUGCUCUGAAGCAAAUAGGAUGCGGUAUCACCUCGGAUGAGCUGGUAAUACAUCAAACUGCCGCGGCCCUGCUCGCGCCGGCGGGGUAUCCAUCUCUGCCUCUGUGGCGGCUGCUGAUGCAUUUGUAUCUCCACUCGUCCAAUAUCUCCUCAGACCCAGCGCCAGUCGGACCUCUAUUCUUCUCCGGCCUCGUCAAAUCCCGGACCCUAGCCCAACUAAAGAAACGUCUGCACGAAACCAUUCUCUACCACCACAAUCAAUUUGAAAUCUUCAAAACCUUAUUGAACCGACCUAAGCCUAAAGAUAAAGAAUCUAAGUCUAAGUCUAGCUCACCUGAGACGUUGUUACCGACGACUUGUAUUGGCGAUUUGACGGGUAGUGAGAGUGAGACGGAUAGUGAGGUAGAUGAUGUGUCGGAGAGUGAGGAGAGGAGGAGAGUCAAUGUUAAUAUGUUGGCGUACCAUGAGGGUGCUGAAAAGAUGCUACGCGAAUACAGUUGUUGGCUGGAGGCGGGCGACAGGUUGCGGGCCACGCCGCACCACGCUGAUAUUGCUCGCUUCAUACCGGCCGCUGCCUUAAACACGGCGUGGGCGGAGCAUCUAAAUUCUAUCCGUCCCGCUCGCUCCAAUGAGGAUGACGAUUUGCGAGCCCCGAGACGACCAGCUUCUCCCGAGCCCCCUCUAACACCGCUCCAGAGCGCCGUGCAGCGGAUUUUUAGAAUCAAAGACCUAUCUGAGAAGAGGGCGAAGGUACUACAAAUCACGUCGCCAGUGGGUGACGUAGACUUCGACCACCCGCGUCAGCUUUAUAUGCUAGUCGACAAGCAUUUGGCCGCCGUGGAAACCUUUGCCAGACAGUGGUCUUCGGACGUCAAUCGCGUCGCAACAUUGGACACCAAGCUAUGGCCGCUAGUCUCUAGUCUACGUUACCGGAAAACGCUACCGUCUGUGCGCAAGACCUGCCCUAACAAAUGCGGGGUCGUCGUGCUAGAGCUACAGUGGUGUUCAGAUGUGAAUCGCGUCGCAACAUUGGACGUCAAGCUGUGGCCGCUGGUCUCCAGUCUACGUUACCGGAAAACGCUACCGUCUGUGCGCAAGACAUGCCCCAAAAAAUGCGGGGUAGUCGUGCUAGAGCUACAGGGACGUUGUGAGUGGCCCAUUUCAGAAAACGCCACUCGAGGACUGACGGAAAACAGGUCCAGUGCAAAAUCAGCACUGCGCGAGUUGCUACGCGCACGUCCCAAUGAAGCCAAGACAGUUGCCGCUUUAAACACUAUUGCCAGACGCAUCAACACCCGCGAGACAGCCGUGAACGUGGCGCAGCGCGUGUGGGCCUGCGCGGGCGCCGUCGCCGACUGCUGCGCGGCGCACGAGGCCCUCACCGCCGUGCUAGAAUUACUGGCCGAUAGAUGGAUCUGCUCGGACCCCGGCGCAUUGACAGCGCUGGUCCCGCAAUGGUGCGCGCACGCGUCGUCGCCGGCGCAGCGGGCGCUGUGCCGCGCGCUGCUGGGCCGCGCGGGCGCGGGCGCGGGCGCGGGCGCGGGCGGGCCCACGCUGUACGCGGCGCUGCUGCGGGCGCUGUGCGGCGCGCGGCCCUGCGAGCCGCAGCGAGCGUUCAGCUACCUCUCCAAGUUCGACUUGACACGAUCAGUAGAGGAGUCAGCGCGCAGCGAGAUGUUGGAAGCGGUAAUGAGUGCUGCGCAGCGCUGGGGCCGCGAGCCUGAUCCCGACUUACACGUACUUCUAGAGUUAAUCGGCGUCCACAUAAUAAACCUCACAACGGCAGCGCAGCUCCCCACAGUGACCCUAAAUGCAGCACGCGCGGCCGCAGCGGGACAUUUGCCACCCAUGAGCUUAGGGCACGUAGCGCGCGCCGCUGUGGUGGCCAAACACGUGCCCUUUGACAAGCUGGGUCAUCUACUUCGUGAGCUGGGCGUGCUAUGGUGGCGCGCGCGCGCCGAUCUCCAAACCUCGAGUGCUACGUACCACGCGUCGCACGCCGAGCACGUGGCGGCGUUGCAGCACGCGUUGCAGCGCGCGUUCGUCGCACAGGGUGUUGCGCUCAGCUACGCACCCGAGAGAGUGGCCGUCUACGCGUGGUCAGCCCUACAAGAGUCGUGGUCGGCGUGGGUGUCCCCGCACCCCUCCCUGCCCCCGCUGCUGUCCGGCGAGCCCUACGCCACCAUGCUGAAACACUUCGUCGACAACAUACACCAGUGCAUGUUGGACUGCCCAGGUUGUGAAGAGCACCUCCUAAGCCAAGUGUGGGAGUGGACGAUCCAGGUUUACCUGAAUGUGACCAGUGCUCCGGCGGCUGCCAGAGACAGCCGAGUCCAAUUGUCGGAGCUACUGGCCCAGCUGGGCAAGUUACCCUGGAGUGAGCACCAGUGGCCCGGCGCUAAUUGUCUUCCCGCUGCGCUGCAGAUAAGCACAAGCACCGACUUGGAGAUACAAACAUGGCUCGCAGACACUUUUCGAGGCGUCGAAGCCAGCACCUGGUUACGCGGCGCUCAAGACUGCGACAUCGCGCCUCGAUUGGCCGCGUUGCUGCAACUGUUCGCCGGACCGUUACGGCUACGGACUGAGACGUUAGAGCAAGCUGUACACCUGCCGUGGCAGCGGCUGCCAGAAGUGGCGUUGGACCAGGCGCUGCAGCGGUUCUUCGUCGAUCACCACAACCCCCAGCAUCCGUACCACGACACGCCACAGUUUAGGGUAAUAUUAGCGGGCAGCGGUCUGGAGCCAGCCUGCUCGUGCGCGCGGUCGCGGCGCGCGUGCGCCGUGUCGCAGUGGACGCGCGCCGCCAGCGCGCCCGCGCUCGCCGGCCAUGUCGGCUCGCAGGCGCGCGAGCUGCUGCUCCUGCUCGCUGCACAAGAACCAUAUGUGGAGGAAGGCAGUGACGAGCUAGAAGAACUCUUGUCCCGUGCUGUGGUCAUCAUGUGUAUGGAACCGGCCGCUGCCGAGGCUCUGCCGGUGUGGGUAAAAUGGGUCGCCGGCGCCACGCCGCGGAUGCUCAGAGCAAUGUUGUCGGCGGCGCGAGCCCUCACCACCCUGGAUUACUUCGGGUCGAUCGCCGACGCCGCCGCUGCUGCCUUCAUGACUGCGGGCGGCACAUGGCAUGAGAUAUCUGCCCGCUGGCGCGGCUGCGCGUGGGCGGAGCCCGGGCCGCUCCUGCAGCGCGGGCGGCUGCACGCUGCCUACGCGCUCGCGCACACUUCGCCUUUCAGCCCCAACGACCUGGCUUCUGUCGCUAAUUUCGCCACCAAAGAGCUGAUAAUAUCAGUAUGGAUCUGCGCACUAUGCCGAGCGGCGCUGAGUUCUGGCGCUGACACUGACGCGGCACGAACGCAACUCUCGCGAUGGGCCGAGCCGCCGCGCAUGGCCCUCCUGCGGGUCCUGUCUAACGCCGACGAACCGACCAACAAACACCGCCUCCUCUGCCGGCUAGCGCUCUGCCUCAUCACGCCCAACUCGGACCCCGGGAACCUCCUCCGCGCCCAAGAAGCCUGCCCCGCCGUCUCUCAAGCAGACCUGAUGUCCUGGGCCAAGACGCCGAGUAUAAAACAUAUGGCGAAGUGUGCUGCGGCCCUGUUUCCUGGCCACGAUAAUUAUUUCGCUGAAGAAUUGAGACUGGCUGAUGAUUUGUAACAUAUCCGUAGAUUAGAAAGGAAAUCUCUAGGGUAUUGUAAAUAUUUACCCAUGUAACAGCUUGAUGAAGAAGCUUUUAAACGAGACUUUAACCGUCUUUUUACUAUCUUGCAUUGUUUCAUUAGGUGGGUGCGCACAGACCACGUGACAAUUGCCGCGCGAAGCAACUCUAUAUGUGGAAAUGCAAACUGAUAACUGAAAGUUGCAGCCUCAAUGCUUCGGGUGAGCACAUCUACACAAACCGAGCUACUUCGCGUAGCAAUUUCCUCGCGAGGCAACUUGUUCUGUGUGGACCCACCUAUUCAGAGAUCUUUUAAUGACAUCUAGCGAUAGUGUAAAUUUAGUUUUGACACAAAUACAUGACUGUGUUUGGUAAAAUUGAAAUGGAAACUGUUACAAGCUUAUUUAGCAAUAAACUUAGACCUUAACUGUAAACUUUCGCUAAUUCGAUAAAAUGCCUCUAGAGAUUUCGCAAUUAAUUCCGUAGUUAUAGUUCCUUUUGUAUUUUUAUAGUGAAUAUAUCCUAUAUGUUGACAUUGUAACAUUGUACUGUAAUUUUGAUAUAUUUUAUUAAGUCAAAAGCUUUAUUAUUGUUAUUUUGUAGCCUUAUUAUUGUGUCAUAUAACUGACAAGAGCUAAUUAUAGUUAGAUUAUAUCUACUUACCCCCUUAUUCAUAAACGUUUACUAAAGUUGACAAGCCGAUAAUAAUCGUUUCUCCCUUUCCAUCAUACCAAUACGUCGGAAAGGGACUAACGAUUAUUAUGGGCUUCUUAACUUUAGUAAACGUUUAUGAAUAAGGGGGUUAGUAUAUAGCCCAUGACAUUUGUUGAUUUGUGUACAACAACGUACAAUGAAAGUGGUAAAUGUGCAAGUUCCCUACUAACAGCAGGCUUAGCACAGGAACGCCGUGACUGUAUUUCUACACAGAUAAUACCUCUACGAGACAGAUCAUAUAACUGUAUUUUAGCACCCAUUGUACCCACUUAUGGUACAGGUGUACCCUAAUUAUGUACGGUGAAUGGGUUACGGCGUUUGAUUCGAUGUCUUCUAUACCUAAUUGUACAGCAUUAGAAAAAUGGUGGGAUCCCAAAAAUACAACAAGGUGUAGGCGUUAAUGGGUUAAUUUGACAGGGAUAGGAUCACUCGCGGGCGAGAUACUGUCGCGGCGCUCAUGUGCUAAGCCGAUUGAAAAUAACUGGGUAUUACGUGUUUGCAAUAAGGUAUAUGAACUUUUAGUUACAGUGAACAGCACAUGACGUAAUAUCUUCUUUGUAGUUUUAGGUACAGGUAUAAAUAGGUACAUUUAUUUACCUAUCUUUGUUAUGUUGACAGCAAGAGAUUGUUUGACUUUCUUAAUGAAGAAUAUUAGAAGAGCUAGCACAUCUGAUCGUUUUAACUUGCUUCAAAUAUAUUGUCCCUCUUUAUCUAGUGAGAAUUUUAUGAGAGAGAUGACGGUAGCGAGUCAAAUUAUUAACAUGUUCAAAGCGGCCUUCUGCGCGUAUUUAGAUUUUUUUAGCCAAAGAAAGUUUAGUUAAAAACUUUUCAUUAGAAUGUAAUGUGAUUUAGAUCUCUUUAAAUUUAAUUUUCGGACAAAGGCUAUAAUAAUGUGUUAUGAAAAUAAAAGAUAAUGUUACUGCUA